AUGAACCACGAUAAUGACAAAACACCGCGGUCUAGUAAUGAUAAUGAUAACGGAAUCCAGCCCUGCGACGAAAUAAUGCAGCCUGAUAAUGGCGAAAUUAUACAUUUGGAAAACUCGACCACGAA